GACAUAGCAAGCACCCUCCCCUCCCGUGCCCUGGAAAGCCGGCCCGGCCUCUGAACUCCCUCCCUCCUCUCUCUUUCUCCUCCUCUCUCCCUCCUUCUCUCCGUCUCUCCCGUCCUGCCUGCUGCCUCCCACUGUGAACUCAGGGAGAGAGGGCAGAAAGCCAGGAGGGGCAGCUCUCUGCUGGCGCAGGGGGUUAAAGGGAGCAGAGCCCCCCGAGAGGAGGCAGAGUCCGGUCCGGCUCUUCCUCCACUGUCUUCCCCUCCUCCCUGUCCUUUGGGUCCUUCUCUCCCCCAGCUCACCCUAAAUGAGCGAACCCUCCAGGCUGGCAGAAUGAGACUCAGCAGCAGCAGCGGUAGCGGCGGAGGUGGGAGUCGAUUGGUCUUGUUGCUCCUAGGAUGUCUGCUCUGGGGCUGGGCAGCAGCUCAGGAUAUCUCCCAGAAAGCCAUCGCCUUCCAAGAUUGCCCUGUGGACCUCUUUUUUGUUCUGGACACCUCGGAAAGUGUGGCCUUGAGACUGAAGCCAUAUGGGAGCCUUGUGGACCAAGUGAAGGCCUUCACCAACCAGUUUAUUGACAAUUUGGUAGACAGGUACUAUCGAUGUGACCGCAAUCUUGUGUGGAACGCCGGAGCUCUCCAUUACAGUGAUGCCGUGGAGGUCAUCCAAGGGCUGACCCCCAUGCCCAGUGGGCGAGACGGCCUGAAGUCCAGUGUGAGCAGCGUGAAAUACAUUGGCAAAGGCACUCACACCGACUGCGCCAUCAAGAAGGGGAUCGAGGAGCUGCUCAUUGGGGGCUCCCACCUGAAGGAGAACAAGUACCUUAUUGUGGUGACGGAUGGUCACCCCUUGGAAGGCUACAAGGAACCCUGUGGCGGGCUGGAAGAUGCCGUCAAUGAGGCCAAGCACCUGGGCAUCAAGGUCUUCUCAGUGGCUAUCACACCUGAUCACCUGGAGGCCCGGCUGAGCAUCAUUGCCACAGACCACACUUACAGGCGUAACUUUACUGCGGCCGACUGGGAUCUCAACCGCGACUCCACUGAGCUGAUCAAGGAGACCAUUGACACCAUCAUUAAGAUGAUUAAAGACAACGUGGAACAAGUGUGCUGUUCCUUCGAGUGCCAGCCUGCCCGAGGACCUCCUGGGCAACGUGGUGACCCUGGACAUGAGGGAGAAAGAGGAAAGCCCGGCCUUCCUGGAGAGAAAGGGGAAGCUGGAGAGCCCGGAAGACAAGGUGAUCUUGGACCUGUGGGCUACCAAGGAAUGAAGGGAGAAAAAGGAACGCGGGGAGAGAAGGGCUCGCGAGGACCUAAAGGUUACAAGGGUGAAAAGGGCAAGCGAGGCAUUGACGGCAUCGAUGGGCAGAAGGGUGAAACUGGAUACCCCGGCUUGCCAGGCUGCAAGGGCUCCCCAGGAUUUGAUGGAGUUCAAGGACCUCCGGGGCCCAAGGGAGAUGCAGGUUCUUUUGGCCGCAAAGGAGAAAAGGGUGCACCCGGAGAGGAUGGAGAGCCAGGACGACCAGGCAAUACUGGACCCCCGGGAGAGGAGGGCCAGCCAGGAGAACCAGGCCCCCCUGGAGAGAAAGGAGAACAAGGGGAUGAGGGAAAUCCCGGACCUGACGGGCCCCCUGGAGAGAGGGGCGGCCCUGGGGAACGAGGACCUCGAGGGACUCCUGGUGUGCGGGGACCGAGAGGUGACCCGGGUGAGCAGGGGCCACAAGGUGACCAAGGCCGAGAAGGACCUGUUGGAGUCCCUGGAGACCCCGGCGAGGCUGGGCCUGUCGGACCAAAGGGCUACCGAGGAGAUGAAGGCCCCCCGGGAAUCGAGGGUCCCAAAGGAGCUCCAGGCCUCACGGGUCCCCCUGGAGAUCCUGGCCUGAUGGGUGAAAGGGGUGAAGAUGGGCCCCCUGGCAACGGCACAGAAGGCUUCCCAGGCUUUCCUGGCUAUCCAGGGAACAGGGGUCUUCCUGGCAUCAAUGGCAGCAAAGGCUAUCCCGGUGUCAAGGGAGAUGAAGGAGAGGCUGGCGACCCCGGCGAGGACAACAAUGACAUCUCACCACCAGGGAUUAAAGGGGCCAAGGGUUACAGAGGCCCAGAAGGUCCCGCGGGACCCCCAGGACCCACAGGGCCUCCAGGACCAGAUGAAUGUGAAAUACUGGACAUAAUCAUGAAAAUGUGCUCUUGCUGUGAAUGUAAGUGUGGCCCCAUCGACAUCCUCUUCGUGUUGGACAGUUCAGAGAGUAUUGGUCUUCAGAACUUUGAGAUUGCCAAAGACUUCAUUGUCAAGGUCAUCGACAGACUGAGCAGAGAUGAGCUGGUCAAGUUUGAGCCUGGCGAGUCCCAUGCAGGCGUUGUCCAGUACAGUCACAACCUAAUGCAGGAGCAUGUGAGCUUGAGCAACAGCAACAUCCAGAAUGCUCAUGACCUGAAGGAGGCAGUGAAGAAGCUGCAGUGGAUGGCCGGAGGCACCUUCACUGGGGAGGCCCUUCAGUACACCAGGAAUAACCUGCUGCCUCCCACCCAGAACGAGCGGAUUGCUCUUGUCAUCACAGAUGGGCGGUCAGACGUCGAGCGGGACACAACCCCUCUGACUGUGCUCUGUGGAGCAGAUGUGGUGGUAUUUUCCCUGGGCAUCAAGGAUCUCUUUGGGGGCAGUGCAAGCCCAGAUCAGCUGAAUGAAAUCUCUUGCCAAGGCCAAGCUAGCUCCCCGGGGAAAAGGACAGGCAUAUCCCUCGUCAAGGAGAACUAUGCAGAACUCCUGGAUGACAACUUCCUGAAAAACAUCACCACCCAAAUCUGCAUCGAUAAGAAGUGCCCAGACUACACCUGCCCGAUCCGCUUCACGUCUCCCACGGACAUCACAGUCUUACUGGACAGCUCGGCCAGUGUGGGCAGGCACAACUUUGAGACCACCAAGCGAUUCGUGAAGCGGCUGGCUGAACGCUUCCUCACGGCCGAAAAGGCCGACCCCUCCUACGACGUCCGUUUCUCCGUGGUCCAGUACAGUGGCAGGGACCAGCAGAGGCCCGACACCAACUCCCUGCAGUUCCUCCAGAACUAUACGGUGGUCGCCGGCAACAUCGACAGCAUGGGCUUCAUGAACGACGCCACGGACGUGAACGCAGCCAUCCGCUAUGUGACUUCUUUCUACCGGCGAGCAUCCUCAGACCGGGCCAAGAAGAAAGUGCUUCUCUUCUCUGAUGGGAACUCCCAAGGAAUCACGGAGAGUGCCAUCGAGAAGGCCGUGCAGGAAGCCCAGAGAGCGGGCAUCGAGCUCUACGUGUUGGUGGUGGGCCGCCAAGUCAACGAGCCCAACAUCCGCGUCCUGGUCACCGGGAAGACCACAGAGUACGACGUGGCCUACGGAGAACGCCACCUCUUCCGCGUGCCCGACUACCAGUCUCUCCUCCAGGGCGUGUUCUACCAAACAGUCUCCAGAAAGAUUUCUGUCGACUGAAGAGGAGGAGUGAGGACUUCUUACUAGCCGUGCUCCAGGGGCAGGCUCCCUCGUCUUCUCCCAUCCUGAUCCUCUUCCCACUGGCCCUGAAAAACAGAAAUAAAAAUGACUUGUGAUCUUCCCAGCCUCCCAAUGGGCUUGUUUGAGAGCAGAGAAAUAGAGCACGAGGCUGCUUUGUGCACAUCGCCUCCCUGCCCCUUGCAGACGCCCCUGCUUGUAGCUCCCCAUCUGCAGCCUUGCAUGCAAUCCCUUUGGCUGGACUGCUCCUUGCCUGUCUUCAGCCAGGGCCAGCUUGGAAAGCAACCCCUGCCUGCCAUUUUCACCCGUCUGAAUCAGAAAAGUCCUGCACAGGGAGCACUGCACGGAGUGGGUCCCAAUACUCCCUCAUACACCGAGAUCUCUCUGAGGAAAUCGAUUGUCCUGGAGCAGCCCCUCGGUUUUGCUCCUGCUGGAAAGGAGGCUUUGGAAGGUCUCCUGAUGGGCCAUCGACCUGCCCUUCCUGGGGCGCUCCUGCCACUUACACUCCACAGCCUUAGGCUUCGUGUAGCUUCCCCUCGCCUCAGCCAUCUACACAGCCCAUGACAAGGUCCAGGGGCAAUUAGUCCACAGCCUUCAGGGAAAAGCGAACCCAAAGUUCAGCAGAACCACCGGCCAAAGCAAGCUCUCGCCACUCAGGGUGGCUCUUCCUCGAGACAUCUCCACUUCCAUAUCUUCAAGGCACGGAAUAGGGCACAGUGACAAGGCGUCACGGUAAGCAUAGAAAUAAAGGUGCUAGUUCGACUCUUGCUGUUUACAUGUCAACUUCCAACAAUUUGCUCAAGAAUCCGGACCGGCAGACCAACACAGGGCCAGCCAACAUUUCCAUGGUGCUUUUGCUGCAAAAAGAGUUCCCCUUUUGUUUCUUUUGAGAAAACUUUUCCAAAAUAACAUACAUUUCCCUUAAAGCCCAGGAUUCCUUUUAUAUUGCAAACAAAAUAGCCUGUAUCUGCUAGUUUGUUACUCUUGUGUUCUGCUCUGUUUUGUC